AUGGCUUUGAACCCUUCAGUCAAUGUGUCGAAUAUACAAGCCGCGACUUCUGACCUCUGGUUAUUGAUGAAUUCUCAAUGGCGCCGUGUCAAUAGAGUUUAUAGAGCUCCUCAAAUUCGCAGACAGCACACCGAAGCGUCACCGGCAUCAGUCAAGUCUCCUUCACUCCCAGAAGCGUUGCAAUCGGUGCCUAUCGACAAGAUGAGAUCUCAACUCGUGCUGGGCCAGAUCUAUCGAAGACCAACAUUCGAACAAAACACGUUAAGAACAGCAAGCUUGCUUGUUCGAGCAAGUAAUUCUGUCCACUCUACUCGAAACUACUCGUCCUUAUCAAGUAUUGGCAUCAAAGGAUUUCGCAAGCCAAACGUAUUGAUGCUUCCCAGGGUCGAACAACAAAGGUCAUUCUUUGGAGGACUAUCACAGAACUUCCUUGCGCAGAAGGAAAGGGCGGCGAAUAGCAACCCCGGUAGUGCCAAUGCUCAGAAUACGUUUUACCAAGCUCUUCUACGCGCAAACAUGCCUGCUAUCAUCGUCGAACGCUAUCGAACCGGUCGAUUUGCCAGCAACCCGGCUACAGAGGCUAUCUAUCUCAAAGCUCUCCAACAAAUUGGCGGGGAUGGCGCAGUUCAAGGAUCAUUUGCAAGCGGAAGCCAGGGACUAGACUCUGAGCAGUUGCAGUCUGUUGGACAGGCUGUAGCAGCCCGCACUCAUGGGAGUCAGGUCGGCGUUUCAACAAAGCAAGCAGGAACUGGCGCAAAGGAGUCCCCGUUGUAUGUUGUGGUUGAGGAAUCUCUAGGUAGCUCCGUCUUCCGCUGGGUGAAAUUCCUUCUCUACUUUGGCUUCUUUACAUACAUGUCUCUUGUGUUGAUCACUAUUUUGGUUGAAACGACUGGCGUUUUGAAGAACGUCCGGGGAACCCAGACAAACGAAGCUACACCUCAACAACAGAAGGUUCGUUUCAGCGACGUCCACGGUUGUGAUGAAGCCAAGGAUGAACUGCAGGAAGUGGUCGAAUUCUUGUUGAACCCCGAACGAUUCUCUACCUUGGGUGGCAAACUGCCAAAGGGCGUUCUCUUGGUUGGGCCUCCUGGUACCGGAAAAACGCUGCUUGCUCGUGCCGUCGCUGGAGAGGCUGGCGUACCUUUCUUCUACAUGUCUGGAUCUGAGUUUGACGAAGUUUACGUUGGUGUUGGUGCUAAGCGUGUGCGGGAUCUCUUCGCUCAAGCUCGCGCAAAGGCCCCUGCCAUCAUCUUCAUUGAUGAGUUGGACGCCAUAGGUGCCAAGAGAAACGAACGUGAUGCGGCAUAUGUCAAACAGACAUUGAACCAGCUUCUGACUGAAUUGGAUGGCUUUUCACAAACUAGCGGUGUUAUCAUUCUUGCGGCAACCAAUUAUCCUCAGCUACUUGAUAAGGCCUUGACCCGUCCUGGCCGAUUUGAUCGUCGAGUAGUCGUUGGUCUUCCCGAUGUGAGAGGCCGUAUGGAAAUUCUAAAGCAUCACAUGAAGGGCGUACAAACCAGUACCGAUGUUGAUGUUGCCGUUAUCGCACGUGGCACUCCCGGUUUCUCUGGUGCUGAUCUAGAGAAUCUCGUCAACCAAGCAGCUGUCCACGCCAGCCGACACAAAGAAGACAGAGUAGGGCCAAAGGACUUUGACUGGGCUAAGGAUAAAAUCAUGAUGGGAGCAGAGGCUCGCAGUCGUAUCAUUCAAGAUAAAGACAAACUGCUUACUGCCUAUCAUGAAGCCGGUCAUGCUCUGGUUGCCUACUUUUCUCCAUCUGCUACUCCUCUUUAUAAGAUUACCAUUGUCCCUCGUGGCAUGGCGUUGGGUAUUACUCAUUUCCUGCCUGAAAUGGAUAUGGUGUCUAGAAACUAUGUGGAGUAUUUGUCAGACAUUGAUGUUGCUAUGGGUGGCAAGGCUGCUGAGGAAUUGGUUUUUGGACCUGAUAAGGUGACCAGUGGUAUUUCAGCAGACAUUCAAUCGGCCACAGAGACAGCAUUCACACUUGUUACGCAAUUCGGUUAUUCCAAGAAGCUAGGAAACGUCGACCUAUCAACAAACUACGACAAGCUAUCGUCAGAAACCAAACAAGAAAUCGAGGCCGAAAUCAGACGCCUUGUCGAAGAAGGUCGAUCUCGUGCUACCAAGAUUCUGACUGAGAAACGGAAGGAAUUGGAGUUGCUCACCAAAGCGCUAAUCGAGUACGAGACGCUCACCAAAGAGGAGAUGGAAAAAGUUCUCAGGGGCGAGAAACUCGACAAGAUGCAGUCCACGCCAUCGGCGCCACUCAAAUUGCCAGAAGCGCUGGCUGGAGCGAGACUGAGUCCAAUAACUCAGGCUCCUGAGCCUGAAACGACCGCGAAAUAG